AUGGUUUCCAACUUGCGCCGUCUGGCUGCAGAUCAUGCUGCCUUGCACAGCAACAAACUCCCGCCGUACUACCUAUUCCCACCGGAUGAUGGCCGAUUUGCAGCGCCCGAUGAUUUAUCACAGCUCACCCUCCUCCUUACGGGUCCCGCAGGGACACCCUAUGCACAGGGGAUAUGGCGCCUAAAUCUUAAGAUGCCCGAAGAUUACCCCCAGAGCCCACCCAAGGCCACGUUCCGUACCCGGAUUUGGCAUCCGAACGUGGAGGAGCUCACGGGCGCUGUUUGUGUGGACACCCUCAAGAGAGACUGGCAGUCCAAGCUCACUUUACGCGAUGUGCUUGUAACCAUUUCUUGUCUCCUCAUCCACCCGAACCCCGACUCUGCUCUCAAUUCAUCUGCAGGAACCUUACUCCGGGAAGACUAUGGCAAUUUCGCCCACCAGGCAAAACUUAUGACCUCAAUCCACGCCCCGAUCCCAUUGGACCUCCAAGAGAUGGUGAAGGAGGCCAAAAACCGAGGCGAAGACCUUAACUCAAUACCCACCGAGCGUCAGAACGAAUCAAGCCAUUCUUUGCGCCCACGAAAACAACAACGCCUACACUCUGGCAUACCCAGAAAGAUAGUCCGAAGAACCACCCCGACUGAAUAUUCUCAUUCCCCUCUACACGAUGCGAACGAUACCAUGAGUGACAGCGAAAAUGAAGAUCCCGCCAGUGCAAGCAAAGAGAACAACCCCUCCUUGUCCCCAGUCCCAGUUUGCCUGGCACCAGCCAGCCCGCGCAAGAAUGCGCAUGGCAAGCGCCCCCUUUCUGUCCUCUCCAUCCCUUACCCCGAGGAUCCCGAUGUGGAUAUGAUGCUUGUAGACUCAGACUCAGAGUGCGAGGUGCAACAGACCCCGAGCGUGACCGCCUCAGAACAAAACAUUUCCGCCAACAAUACGCGCAUCCACCGACCCACCUCUCCACAGCGCAAGUCUCCUAAAUUGACACUUGCCAGGGCUGUCAAUGCACCAUUCCGUCUUCGCGAUGACCUCCAGAUCUACGAGGACGUCCCGGACAGAACGCGAUAUAAUGCGGAUGGCAAAGAAAACUGCGAUGCAGGCACCAGUGGCUUGCGGGAGAAGUGCGAUCUAUAUCCCGCGAGGCCAGGCAAUAGCGCUAAUACGAUCGCUUCGGGGUUGAGCCCAAACUUGUCUGCCCCAUAUUCCACGUCGGAUUCCUCACACCCUUCCAAAGUCAUGAAGAAAGCUGGAUUGGGUGGGCGCAGAGCUGGUGUCCCGAAACCAAAGCCACGGAUUGGCGUACGUCGCCUGUAA